AUGACAUUCAGGGAGAACUCCGCAACCGCCGGUGAGCAGCUCGACGGCAACAACAGGGACUACGACAAGAAAUUCGGCCCGUACUGUGACGUACCAGCAUCACCGUUGUCGUCAUCGUCAUCAUCCCUCGCCGGCGACGAUGAUGACGGCACCGAUCUGCUCGCGCCAUCCGAGACGAUGAGUCCACCGCCGUACCACGGAAUGCCGGACUGGAACACGUCCAACGGAGAUGACACAGCAGAACCCUGCCACCCCUUCUGGACCGCCUGGCACGACAUAGCCCGCGGCGCAGGCCUGAUUACCGCGGCUGGUUUUAAGGUGCCGCUUGUGGUCGUCGAUGGCGUGGCAAAGGGGCUGUGGUCUAUACCCCUGUUGUGCGGAGACGAGACGGCGCGGGACUGGCCGGAUGUGACGGGGGUUCGGACGGGGUGUGUUGCUGCUGCGGAGGGCCUAUACCACGGUCUCUACGACGGCCUGACGGGCUGGGUUAUCCUGCCUUACAAAGGCGCGAGGAAGGGAGGCGUCAAGGGUUUCGUCAAAGGGUGUGCGAAGGGGUUGGUUGGGUUGGUUGUGAAGCCGGCUUCUGGCGCCUUGGGCUUGGUUGGACAUCCCCUUUUUGGGGUGUACAAGGAGGCGCUGGCGGCUAAGGUCAAGGUCAAGGUGGUCGUGAGGCGCGAGCGGAGGCCGAGGAGGGGGGUUGUGUCGUUGGUCUGA